AGAGAGAAAAGAAGAAGAAGGCUCCUUUGUCUCGGACAAACCAAAGAAAAGAAAGAAAGAAAAAAUAGAAGCUUUCACACAAAGUUUCAGAAGCCGCCUUAUUUUUUUUCUUCGGUGAUUCUUUAGAGUGAGAAAGAAAGGAUCACAAUCACUUUGUUCUGGAAGAAGCCGUAAGUACGGAUACUCAUCUCCGGUGGAAUUUUAGCCGUUGGAUCAGAUCGGUGGAUGGAGGAAGCGUGUGGAGAGAGUUCUGGGUUAAAUGAUUAGGAGAUUUCUUGGGUAAUGAAGUUCUGAUUUUUAUUUUUCCUUUUUUUAAUCUUUUGGGGAAGAGAGGUCAGAGUGAGUUAUCAGAAAAGUUUGGUGGCGGAAAGGGGAAAAAAGGAGGUUUUUUUACGAAAAGCAGAUUGACUGGUAGCUGAAGCAGAGAGAUAGAUAGAGAGAAGAAGAAGAAGCAGUUGAUAAACCUUAGAUUAAGCUGAGAUUUGUCUCUUUUUGUGUUGAAUCUGUGAGGGAAAAAGGUCGAAAUUUGUGUCUUUGCACAUGCCGGUUGAUUUAGAUAACUCCUCUACGGUUUCCGGCGAUGCAAGCGUCUCGUCGACCGGAAACCAAAACCAUCCUCCGAAAUCGGUCGGGAAAAAGAAACGGAAUCUCCCGGGAAUGCCAGAUCCAGACGCGGAAGUGAUAGCCUUGUCACCUAAAACUCUUAUGGCAACAAACCGAUUUGUCUGCGAAAUCUGCAACAAAGGGUUUCAACGCGACCAGAAUCUUCAGCUUCAUCGUCGUGGUCACAAUCUACCAUGGAAACUUCGACAGAGAUCGAGUAAAGAAGUGAGGAAGAAGGUCUAUGUUUGUCCAGUGGCAGGGUGUGUUCAUCACGACCCGUUACGUGCUCUUGGAGAUCUCACUGGAAUCAAGAAGCACUUUUGUCGGAAACACGGCGAGAAGAAAUGGAAGUGCGAGAAAUGCUCGAAGAAGUAUGCUGUUCAAUCAGAUUGGAAAGCUCAUUCAAAGAUUUGUGGCACCAAGGAGUAUAGAUGCGAUUGCGGAACUCUGUUUUCUAGAAGAGAUAGCUUCAUAACGCACAGAGCUUUCUGUGAUGCGUUGGCUGAAGAGAGUGCCAAGAAUCAUACUCAAAGCAAGAAACUUUAUCCAGAAGCAGUCACAAGGAAGAAUCACCCAGAGCCUGACCAGAAAUCUCCAGCCGCCGUUGAUUCUCCUCCUCCUCCUCCUUCUCCGCCGUCAGUUGCUCUAGCUCCGGCACCUGCUAUUUCGGCUGACACUGAGCCUGCCAAAACCGUAUCUUCCUCGGUUUUGCCGAUUCGGGAUACUUCAGAAUCUCCAGAAAACAACCCUCCUGAAGUCAUCAUCGAGGAAGCUCCAAGAACAAUCGGUUUCAAUGUGAGCUCAUCGGCUCUAAGCAACGAUCAUAGUAGGAACAACGGUGCAUACGCAGGGAUGUUUGCAUCAUCUACAGCUUCGCCUAGUUUGUAUGCUUCGUCAACUCCUUCCCCAAGUCUGUUUGCACCAUCUUCCUCCAUAGAACCCAUCUCUCUCUGUCUCUCGACGAAUCCUUCUUUGUUCGGAACAACAAUACAAGAAACACCACAUUUCCUGACCCCUCUUCCCCCUCAACCCGCAAUGUCAGCAACCGCAUUGCUCCAAAAAGCUGCACAAAUGGGCUCCACGGGUUCAGGAGGUUCGUUGCUUCGCGGGUUAGGCAUUGUUUCAACUACUUCGUCAUCCAUGGAACUUAGCAAUCAUGACGCGGCUUCCUUAGCUCCUCCUGGUCUUGGACUGGGACUACCUUGUAGCAGCGGUGGUAGCGGAUCGGGUCUGAAAGAGCUCAUGAUGGGUAACUCUUCCGUGUUUGGUCCCAAACAGACAACACUUGACUUUCUCGGGUUGGGAAGAGCCGUUGGUAAUGGCGGUAAUUCCGGUGGCGGAUUAUCUGCUCUGUUAACUUCAAUCGGAGGUGGCGGUGGGAUCGAUGUCUUUGGGUCUGGGGAGUUUUCAGGCAAAGACAUUGGUAGAACUUCGUAAGAGAGACUUAGAUCAGUGUUGUAGUAUAUAGUAAAUUUUAAGGAUGUAAUCAGGUUUAGAUAUUUUGGUAUCUUGUUUUAGUGAAAGUUUAGUGUUA